CCAAAAACAAUUGGCUUAAUAUGAACUGCUGCACUCUAAUCAAAACCACACUAUUACAAAUAGGUGCUUAAGGCCAUGUGACAUUCAAAUUCCACUAAACUGGCUACAUUUACCAUGUCAAACGCCACACACAAUGGACCACACACAAUUGGGUUAGGUUCUGGAUUCAAGACGUUGCGUAUCAGAUGUGCAGAUUUCCUGGUAGGGCUGAACCUGCAACAGUUUGGAAAAUUAUUCAUCAGAUUUUUGGACUCAAAAUCUGGCCAGAAUUCUUCCCUGGGCUACAAAAACUUUGCACAAACAUCCAUAAAGCGAGACUCAAGACUUAAAACUUGUAAACUAGAAGUAAAAGCUUACCAAAGAGUAAACCUCGAACAACCACUAUUUGUUUUUUCAAUUUUUGGGAUAUGGGAUGAGGCACCAUCUCCAGGUUUCCUCCUAGGUACGCGUCAACCUGCAAGACCUUGGAACAUCAUUCUUGAGGUAAUUUUAAUUCAAUCCAUUCAUUGAAACCAUAGAGGUUUAGGUAUGAUGUGUUUUUGCUUCGUAUUCUGCAGCUUAGUUUUCAGAUGUUUAUUAUGUGUUGUUUCUGAAGUCUUUGCACUCCAUUUCUGUGUUAAAUCAUUGCCUCAUAUUAAGGGCGUCUUUGAUAGUGCUUGAAAUCCAUUAUGCAAAUGGUUGAAAUCCUGGUGUUGUUUGAAAGUGUUUGAAAUCCAUUUAUGUGUUAGAUAAUCUGGAAGUGCUUUUUAUUUAUGUGAUCUUUUUAAAGUGCUUGAAAUUCAGUAAUUUCAUAAAAAUCUAAAACAAACCCCGAAGUAUGUGUGGUGAAUUUUGUUAUUCAUCUAUAAAUUAAAUUAAUAUGUCUUUAAGCUUAGGACAGUAUGAAAAUAACCGACACUUCCAAAUGUAUGAAACUAAAUAGUUACCAUUCAAAGGUACCACAUCUCAAAGAAAAAACUGGCAUAAUUUAAAGGCUACUGUUCCGACCCAUGAGUUUCAUUAUCUAUCAAUAUCCUCUCAGCCAAUAUGUGUCUCCCUUCAACAAUCUUUUAUUAAUUUCACUGACCCAUCAACCCAGAUAUUAAUUUAGUUGUAAUAGCAGGUAUCCUCCCAGGUAGAAUGAUAUUAGUUAUUUGGUUUGUUUAUUGGUGUGUUGUUUGCCACAAUUAGUAGAAGUAAAGAAGAAACAUUUUUUAAUUACAGAUACGCCUAAAUCCGCAAGAACUUGGAACAUCAUUCUUCCAAAAACCAGCCCAAAGCACCAGACCCAAAACCCGAAUAGUAAACCCAAAGUCCCAGACUCAAAAACAAUCCCAAACUCUAUAACCCAACCUAGAGUCUACCCAAAACCCAGGCCCAAAAACCUGUCCCAAACACAAACGCCAAAACCUAACCCAGAUUCUACAUAAGGGUAUGAACACACAGUCUUUGAACUCCAUUUAUGGGUUAAAAAAUCUAAAAUCAUAAAUCAUUUUUUGUUCUGAACUAUGUUUAACUUUCUCAAUUUCCAAUUUAUUUUAUCAUAUUAAGUUGUGGUGUAAUACCUAGGUUCACAAUAUGUGUCUUCCUAAAACGAUCUUUUAGUUUUAAUUUUUGUGACCCAACACGAAAACAAACCCAAAGUCUAAACCCAAAACUCAAAACCCAACCAACAGGCCCCAAAAACCAGCACCAAAUCCCAGCCCUAAAUUAUUAAUUUUAGUGACCCGACAACCCAGAUACAAAAUCCCAUCGCAAAGAUAGACCCAAACUCUUAAUCCUAAAGUCAAAUGACAACAAAAAGGAAUGGACAUGUAAGGUGGAAUGAUCAGUGGAAUAAAUGACAACAAAAAGGAAUGGACAUGUAAGGUUAGAGUUGUGGAGAAACGGAACAUCAAAGACUCAAGGACGAGCCCUAACAAGUACAGACCUUUUAUAUUGCAGGAUGAGGAGGUAAGCUUAUAAAGCUUAUAAAAUAAUCAAUCUUAGAGCGUACAUAUUACAUGCACUAAUUAUGUUCCAUUCAACCAUUUCUGUACAGGGUACCAAGGUUCUUGCUCUCGCAAAUAGUGGUGACAUUGAACAAAGUGAUAAGAUACUCCGCCUCAAAAACACGUACUACAUAAGCAAUGCUGCUGCCAUGCCUAACCAAGUAUAGUGGUGAUCCCCCAUCCGCAAACUAUAAUUACAUUUAGAUGUUGAGUAAAAAGACUUGGAUUGAGGCAGCCCCAAAAUCAGAACAAAUUCAGGCAACAAAUGAGAUAGACACUAUCCUCACACAAUUCUAUGACUUAUGCGGUUCUAAAACCCCAAUCAGUAUAUGAAUAAUAUUAGUCUUCAUUAACCUAAUACGGAAAAUCACAAUGAUGUGACAUCUAAACUCUUUUUUAUGUUUGCUACAUUUAGAUUUCAUGGCCAUUGUGAUUUAGAGAAUGCCCAGAGAGUAUGUCUCCGUUCCUGGACAUGCCAAAACCGCACAUGAUUUCAUGCUUGUGAAUGAAGAGUAAGUAUGACA